AUGGCCCACGAUACUAUUAAAUAUAAGGCAAAAGAGCCCUUGGACGUAGUGGGAGAACAUAAGCAUGGAUGCUUUUAUCGCCCACUUAUAGAUCCGUAUGAAAUAAGAGUCUUGGAACUGAAGCCGGGGAUUGGUGGCGAUAGACUCCAUGGGACUCUACAUCACUGUUCCGUUGAGUAUGAUAACUGGGAUCCAACGUCAAAGAGCUUAGCGACGUUUGCCUUGACCACAAACCUGCGCGAACCCGUAUGGUACACGGCUUUAAGCUACGCUUGGGGCAAUCCCGUAUUUGAUCGGGUUAUUCAAUGUGAUAGCUUCAGUAAAGCUAUCACCGAAUCACUUGAUGCCGCACUUCGCCAGUUUCGAAGACCCGAUCAAUCAAUCAUGCUGUGGGUUGACCAGAUAUGCAUCAAUCAAGACGACCAGGAAGAAAAGAGUAGGCAAAUUCCGCUCAUGUCGAGUAUAUAUAAGCGUGCGUUGAACACGAUCGGUUGGUUAGGGAUGCCGACUCCUGAAACAGGCAAUGUUCUACAACUUCUGGAGUUUACAGUUGCGAAAUUACAAUAUAUUCAAUCUGUCACAUGUCCGGAUGACUUCGACACACUCAAUUUCCUAACUGCUGAAUCUAUCCUCUGGGAGGAGCUAUGGGACUUCGUUUCCCGUCCAUGGUUUAAGAGGUUCUGGGUUAUUCAAGAGAUGGUGCUUUCAAGAGACUUGUGGCUUAUGUGUGGUAGCCAUUUCACAACGUUCGAUAUUGUCUCAGGCGCAUGCACACAUCUUUCUACCUGUGGUGUAUCUCGCUGGCUGAAUCAAACAUACACAGCAAACGAGACCGACGACCGCUGUAAGUGGAUAAGUGAUAUUAGCAUUGAAAAAACUGAUAUCGUGAAGGGUCGGAAGGGGGACUUAUUCGCUCUUCUACGUCAUACGCGAGAUGCUCUCUGUUGGGACCCUAAAGAUAAAGUGUACGGCAUUCUUGGUAUUUCCAACUCAUACAACUUAGAACCGUUACUACACGAUGUCGAUUAUACCAACCCACAAUCCGCUCUUCCAUCGUGGGUACCUGACUGGCGCCAGCCGCGGCAGACGGUUACAUUAGGGGGCCGUACCUCAAGCUACGCGGUAUAUAGUGCGGCAGGAGAUAACCAGGCCAUUUUCUCAAUCGGUGACAAUAAAUAUACCGAGCUAAACAUACCAGGGACAUUCUUCGACACUAUAUGCCAUCUCAGUCGCGUUUUUAACAGCCCGGAUAUCACAAACCGAAAUCCGCUCACAGAAAACAAGGACUUGCUCACGUGUAUCGAAUUAUGUGAAGAUCUGAAUGAGUACCCGGGGAGCAGCACAGUCUUCGACGCUUUCUGGCACACCUUGGUUGCCGAUAAGGACGAUACUGGUAGGAGAAGAAGUCCGGAUUCAUUUGCUGAGAUAUUCAGCCUUCUUUUGGACGAGUCGUCUGGUAAACUGCCAACCCUGCCCGGGCAAACGUAUACGACUCGCCAGAAGCAGCCCGAAGGAAAGGGCAAAUUGACGCUGGGCUGUCACGUACCGCGCUUACGGGGGGAGUGCCUAGCUUCAAGAGUGCCUUUUUCAUAUGCCACAUAUAAGUCUGGCCUCUGA